AUGCUAGGGCUUAGUUUUGAUCCAGCAGAUAACGGUGUGGUGUGUGGUGCAAUUCCACAAGAGAUCGGGAAGCUUUGUAGCUUGGAGGUAUUGGCUAUUCAGGACGCCGCCCUCAUUGGUCUCGUACCUUCUUCAAUCUACAACAUCUCUUCUCUAAAAUGGCUUUUCCUGUACAAAAACAACCUAUCUGGAAUUUUGCCAAAGGAGACAUGUCUGCAUGUCCCAAAGCUCCAAGUUCUUGAUCUUCAUGAUAAUAAGUUUACAGGAACCAUUCCACAAGGAAUUGGGAACUGUACGUCCCUUUCGAUGUUAUAUCUCAAUGGCAACAAUCUGACAGGUGUAAUCCCACAAGAAAUUGGUCAUCUUGGCAAUUUGGAGAGGUUGGUUCUUGCUUUCAAUGUCUUGAGAGGCCCCAUUCCAGCCUUAAUCUUCAACAACUCAGCACUACAGAUCAUUUCACUGGCAGACAAUUUCCUUUCAGGCAAAAUUCCAUCAAUUAUAGGCCAGAGGCAACCCAAUCUUGAACAACUUAUUCUUCCAAGGAAUAACCUCAGUGGGAUGAUUCCCAACUCUAUCUCAAAUGCCUCUAAACUCACUACACUAGACCUUACUUCCAAUGCAUUCACUGGUUCCAUUCCCAACAAACUUGGCAAUCUGAAACAACUUCAGCUUCUUGGUUUUGGACAGAAUAAUCUUGUCAACGAACAUCCAUCUGCAGAAUUGAGUUUCCUCACCUCCUUGACAAAUUGCAGACAUCUAAGAAUAUUCUGGAUAACUAAUAAUCCCCUAGAAGGCAUUCUUCCAGUUUCUAUAGGGAAUUUCUCUGAUUCUCUGAAAAUUGUUGACAUGCAUGGUUGCAAAAUCAGGGGAAAAAUUCCUGAUGAAAUUGGUAACUUGAGUAAUUUGGCAUUCUUAAACCUACGUAGGAAUGAGGUGACUGGUGUCAUCCCGACAACUGUUAGUGGGCUAUUGAAGCUUCAAGGUUUAAGUCUUAUCGACAACAAACUGCAAGGAUGCAUUCCUAAUGAUAUUUGUGGCCUCAAGGAUGUUGGUUACUUAGGUUUGAGCAAAAAUAGGCUUUAUUGCUCAGUGCUACCUUGCUUGGGGAAUAUUACUUCUCUGAGAUACCUCCUCCUGGAUGACAAUGAAUUAACUUCUAGCAUACCGGCUAUAUUGUGGAGCCUCAAAGAUCUUUUGAAGCUCAACUUGUCCUCAAAUUUUAUAAGUGGCCAUCUAUCCCCGAAAAUUGGAGGAUUAAAGGUUGCAACAUCAAUAGAUNUUGUGGAGCCUCAAAGAUCUUUUGAAGCUCAACUUGUCCUCAAAUUUUAUAAGUGGCCAUCUAUCCCCGAAAAUUGGAGGAUUAAAGGUUGCAACAUCAAUAGAUCUAUCCAUGAAUCAACUCUCGGGCAAUAUUCCUAG